AUGAAUCGCUUUGUUGUAUUGGUUGCAGUGGUUAUCAUAGCUUUACUGAAAACACAAGACUUAACACCAAAUGAUUGGAUCAAAAGGAUUGAAAGAUUUUAUGUGUUUGACGACGAACUGGGAGUUAAUAUGUUGUUUGUGACUACAGAUGAUCGGGUCUAUGGAUUGGGUGCUAAUCUCUGGGGAUCAUUGGGUUUGGGACACAACCAGUGGGUGAGUGAACCACAAGAGAUCAUUGAAUUGAGACAUAAAAAGUGUAUUAAUUUCAUAAACGGAAUGGAAUUUAUUGUUUGUGUUUCGAGUGAUAAUUGUUUAUAUAUUUGUGGUUAUAAUAGUUUGGGACAAUUGGGCCAUAGAUGUAAUGAUAAGAUAUAUAAGACACCAAUGAUUAUACAAAUCAAUGAAAACAAUGAUUUAAUAAGUGAUGUGAGUUAUGGUUCAUAUCAUACAUUAGUUGUAACCGAAAAUAAUAAUGAAGUGUAUGGUUGGGGUUGCAAUGAUUUCGGACAAAUCGGCAGUCGAGAUAACAUUUGUGAUGCAAUUACUAAACCCGAAAAGAUUGAAUUCAAUAAUAAUUAUUGUAUAAAAUCUGUCCACUGUUUUGCUAACUCAUCGUUUGCACUGACAAGUGAUGGACAAGUGUUUAGUUGGGGUGAAAAUCGUUGCAAUCAAUUGGGACUUAAUAGCAAUGAUUGGUUAAUAUUUAGACCACAAUUGAUAUGCAAUUUGUGUGUCGAUGUGUUAGGAGUUUGGGGUUAUAAUAAUUGUAUAUAUAUUCCAAUGGAAUAUUGCUUAAUGAGUUUGAAAGAAGCCAUCAAAUUGAAAGCACAGGUAUUUAACAGACAGUCAUCAGAUGAACCCAUGGAUUGUAUGGAGUAUUACAUUACGUGUGAAAUACUAUUAGAAGUGUUAGAAUGUGUCCGAUAUUUGCAUGAAUUGAAUCCACCGGUCAUUCACAGGGAUCUCAAACCCGACAACAUAUUGAUUGCUAACAAUGGUAGAAACAGACGGUUCAUUAAAUUAUGUGAUUUAGGAUUAAUAACAGUUCACGAAAUGGUAUCACAGAGUCAUACGGCAGGUGUUGGUAGUCCUAAAUAUAUGGCACCCGAAGUCAUAAGUGGUCGCAAAUAUGAUACCAAAGCUGAUGUCUAUAGUAUUAGUGUUAUUAUUGAAGAAUUGUUCGAUACGAAUGUCAAUGAGUUUGUAUUUUAA